UAGGAAGAUGUCAGUUUGACGGACGAGCUGUUUUGUGGUAAAUUUGCCAAUGACAGGUCAAUAUUGAUCGCGGUUGAAUGGCAGCAUCGGGCAGUCGGAGGUCUUGCGAUGAUUUCGAGGAAAUGCGUGAUGUUGGCGUACAGACGGAUGCCAAAAUCCAAGGUCAGGAACCCAGGUUGUCCAAAGCGAACCUCUUUACAUUAUUGAGUUUAUGGAUGGAACUUUUUCCCAAGGAAGAACAAGGACAACGAGGAAAUGAUUCUGCAGGAGACUGUGGUCUUGUGGUGAUCCAGGAGUGCAGAGUUCUGGGUCUGCAUUGCUCCAGUGCGCAGUUACAUGCAGGACAGGUGGCUGUGGUCAAACAUGGCCCCAGACUGAAGGGCUGUGAUCUGUACUUCUCCAGAAAACCCUGUUCAACCUGCCUCAAGAUGCUCAUCAAUGCUGGUGUGAACAGGAUAUCCUACUGGCCGGGUGAUGCUGAGAUAAGCUUACUAUCAGGUAGGCAAGAUAAUACAGACUCCAGUCACCAGGAAGCCAUCUUGGAUGCCACAGCUGCCGAGAGACUGAAGUCCAACAGUAGACCGCACAUCUGUGUUCUCCUGCAGCCUCUGGCCAGCACCAUGCUGCAGUAUGUGGACGAAACAUCUCAAAACUGUGAAUUCCUUAGGACGAUGGCUGUGGACAGUCCAGCUGUAGAUGUUGCAGAAGUCUUCAGGAGAGAACAGUGGAGCCAUUGGGACAAUUUGUUGAAAACGUUCUUUAUAAAUGAUGAGGAGCAGCAUAAGUAUGUGCUGAAGAAGAUGGGACUGGAGAACUUUUGUGUGAAACCAAAUUUCAAUAACCUAAGGCAGCACAUGAGGGAUUUGAUCAGGACUCUUGCUUCUGUGGCUGCUAGUGUCCCGGUUCUUCAAGGAAAAUAUGGGUUCUUUACGUGUGAGCCUUUGGCUUCUGGUUCCCCAGCUCUGCCUCAGGAUGUUGUUCGACAUUGUACCAUACAAGCACGAUUACUGGCCUGUAGAACAGAGGAUCCUAAAGUGGGAGUUGGUGCAGUUAUCUGGGCCGAGGGGAAAUCGUCGCAGUGUGAUGGAACGGGUAAGCUUUACUUUGUGGCCUGUGGCUACAACGCCCAACCGAAGAGCUCAGAAUAUGCAGAGUACCUUCUAAAGGAUAACAAAGAAGAGGAGAAACAGAACUGGAAGUGCAAAUACAUCCUCCACGCAGAGCUGAACGCGCUCACAUUCAGAAGCACAGAGAUAAAAGAUGAUGAGAACACAAUGAUGUUUGUGACCAAAUGCCCGUGCGAUGAGUGCGCUCCUCUGAUUGGCUGUGCUGGAAUCAAACAGGUCUACACGUCAGACCUGGACAGCGGCAAAGUCAAACACGACGUCUCCUACCUCAAAUUCAACCAACUCCACGGUGUCCAGAAGUUCUUUUGGCGACAGAAAUCUCCCAAUAGAUGCACUUCAGAACAAACUGCACCGCCAAAAGCAAAUGGCUGCUUGAAACAAAGAAGAGAUGAAGAAACCAAAUUUCAGUGCAAUAAGCGACUGCGAUCAUAGAAGACAUCUACAGAGCUGCUGCUGCUUUUCUGCCUGUUUGGCAUCAAGUGUGAUAGUUUGGUAUGCAUUUUAGAAAGUGGGUUUGAUUUGUAUGGUUGUUUUAAUCUCCUGAGACCCCAUGUCUACAUGCAUGGACAAUACGUUUUGGCUUCGCUAUAGGCUAUGCAUAAUUUAUUUUCAUUUAAACCGACCGAUCUCCGUUAAGGAGACUCAAGGCUGUCAUUAAAGGGUUAAACUUUCGACUCAGUCAUGUGACAAAACAACAUGAUGCCGAUCUCAGCGGAGUUUCUCAACAAAACUACAUCUGAUAAGAAACCUCAUGAGAUGUUUACAUUAAUCUUUUGACUAAAUAGGUUUUAGAGUCUCUAAUAUACGAUAUGCCAUUAAAAAAAUUUCAACGAUUUAUCACAAAACGGCAUGCUGUUAAACACAAUGAUCACGUUCGUGGACUAAAGGCUAAUUUUCCUUAAAAUAUCCUAUAUUCACUUUGCAUUUUCACAUAGAGAAUCAAUGGGUUCAAGCAGGAAAAUGUUACUUACAGAGGACGUAUAUGGAGUUAGGAUGAAAAUAAGUUGCAUUUCUAACUGUUCUGAGACCAGUGUAGACAGACAGCACACUGGAUGUUGAGUCAUUGCCUAAUUAGGGAGCAAGGGAACAUCCUAUAGCUUUCCUAUGCAGCCAAGUGCAUUCACUUAACAUUCAGUCAAAAGUUCCGUUUCAGGCUGCAGAUGAUGUUUGUCCCAAGUCUGCCAGACAUGUUGAGUGGUCCAAUGAUAAUCUAUACAUAGAUUCAAAAUUUAUAACGCAUUUUAUUUUAACAUUGUUGGCAGUGAUUGGAUGAUGCUGGCCAUUACUUUGAACCAGAAUUAAUUAUGCAAAUUUCUGAUGUAAUGUCUGUAGUCUCAAAAUCAUGAAUAGUCCAGAAUUAAAGAGAAAAGGAAAACCAUGUCGAUCAUGCGUGU